UGCAGUUGAGUUCACAGUAUCGAGCAUCGUGAGACGGGGGAAGAGAUUGCACUGCAGAGCAGAGUAGAGAAGAGAAGAUACCAUAUUUCAAGACUGAAAGGAUCUUAACGACAGGCAAUACAAGGCAAUAUAAUGCAGCAUUGUAACUGGGACCGCAGCGUGCCCAACGUCUACACACCAUCUCCCUACAACUCAUCCUCGUUCUACAUCGACGAUAUCCUCAGUAAUGGAUCCCAGAAGCCUCAACCUACUCUCUGUUCCUCGACGAUUUGCGAACCAACAAAACCACACUGUAUCUCACAACCAUUCCAUCUUCCAACACCGUCAAGAUCGUACCCAAAUCUGAAUCUAAGCAGCCCAUUCGUCCCGUACAAUCCGCGUCCAUUUGGCUUCCAACCUCAAGCAUUUCAACCGCCGAGCAUCCCGAGCGUUUACGAGGCAUACAGCGAUCAUAGCGCUUGGAACCUCUUCCUUCCCAAACCACAAAAGAAAAAAGGUGGCCAGGUCCGAUUCUCGAACGAACAAACGAUGGAAUUGGAAAAAAUAUUCGAAAAUCAAAAGUACCUCUCUCCACCAGAGCGAAAACAGUUAUCAAAAGUGUUAGGACUGACAGAGAGACAGGUUAAGACGUGGUUUCAAAACCGUCGGGCGAAAUGGCGAAGAUUCAAGCAAGAAUCUCAAGGAGAGAAGUCUGACAAACAAGAGAACGAAGAAGCAACGAGGGGUACAGCAAAAGACUCUCAAACUUAACUAACAAGCCGAUUUAAAUGGGAUUCAAUUGAUGCUUUCACUUUCGAGAAAGCAGUAUAUAUUUUCUCGGUGUACAUUAUUUAAUACAGAAAAUAUCUAUACUGAAAACAGCCCUGCUGCUCUCUAGUCAAUGAGUAGAAGAUAUAGAGAGUCGCAAUGUAGGACACUUAUUGAACAUUAAAACGUUUGGUUGCACAGUAAAGUUUGCAGCCUAUCAUAUGCCUAUAUAAGACGAACGAACUAGUUGUCCAUUCUAAAAAUCAAUGCUGAUAAUCUAAACAAACACUCAGUCAUCUUCCUUUCUCUCUCUGUCGCGGUGAGGUUAAGGCAGUUCAACACAGGUUGCUGUCUCGUAUACUAUCGUUUAAACACUGAUAGUCGUAUCUAAACCUUUGGGUUAAGCUAUAAAGAGAAAUAAUCCUGA